UUACUAAUACUCUUCUCUUCGCUCUGCAACAAGACAAACAAAAAUGGCAAACAAUCAAAUGAUCAUUACCAUUUUGAUCCUCCUCCAAUUAGCCUUCUUGAAGGCAAACACCACCACCCAUGAGGUAGCCACCAGAUAUAGAGAUGACCCGAGAGAUGACUACCCGCCGAGAGAUGACAUUAACACAGCCCGCGUUGUGGUGGAAGGAAAAGUGUAUUGCGAGAGAUGUAAAUAUGGCGGACCAUGGUCUCUCUCCGGAGCUCAGCCAAUUGAGGCAGCCAGAGUCAGCGUUAUCUGCAAAAACUAUAAAAGACGACUGAGUUACUACAAAACAUAUUCCACCGAUCAUGAUGGGUAUUUUUACGCAGAGCUUAAAGGUUUCAGGAUGUCCCAUUAUUUAUUGGAUCAUCCUCUUCAAAGUUGCCGUGUGAAACUGGUGUCAUCUCCUCUUGACCAUUGCAACCUUAUAUCGAAUGUCAACAAUGGCGUCGGUGGCUCACCUUUACGAUUUGAGAACAAGGUGCUGUUUAGGAGGAAUACUGAAACAGUCAUUUAUGCUGCUGGACCUUUGGCUUUUCGUCCUAAUGAUUGCUACGCACAAACCACUCCCUAAACUUGAUUUGAUUUCAUGCAUGAUUAAUUAUGGUAUUUAUAUUAUAGCGGGUUAAUCAAAGGUAUUGACGAAAAAACUGUCACCAAAGCUCUAAUUCAGUUCAACAGAAUAAUAAACAUUAAAUUUUGUUUCA